UGUAAAUGUCAAAUGGAUUCCAUGUCCGUGUAUGUAUUUUUAUUCGGCGCGACAAUUGAUCAAACUUGUUUUUCUUGUGGUUAUCACUUAUUUCGGUGUAUUAAAAUACAUACUUCGGACAACAAAAUUAAAUGAAACCCUCAUCUGUGUUUAUUGUGGCAUAAUAUGUGUUAGUUGUGAAAUAAUGAGGCGAGGUCAUCCAGGCAUCGGAGGGUGGCGAAAUGAAAAUCCAAGGCAUUUUAGGCCUAGAGGCAGUGGACCACCAAGAUAUAGGCCCCCUAGGAUCUAUCCUCUACUUGAAACCCCCAGAUUCCCGCCACCUGGUGCUAGACUGAGCCAAAGAGGUUCACAAUCCUUCACACCUCAUGUGAGCCAUCCAGAUGACCAUGACAGAUUAGAUCAACAUGAUAGACACAAGUAUAGAGAUGGGCAUCACCAAAUUGAUCAGAGAAUGCUAGAAAGAGGGCACCAUCCCCGUUCAAGACAAAAUGCCUAUCCAUUUAUCGCACAACAUCUCAGAUCAAAAGAUAAUAACCUAAGCAGUUCAUACAAAGAACCUCAAAAUUAUUACGAUGAUAUGUCAGAGACAUGUCAUGUUAAUAGUAUGGGAGAUAUAGACCAUCGUCAAGCUGUUCAUAUACCUCAUACACCAGACACAUACACUCAGCAACGAAUAUCUCCUUGGACCAAUGUAGCGCCUGAUUUAAAGAAACAUUAUUAUGAAAAUAGAAGUCCCCAAAAACAAUAUAGACAUGAAGCUCUAGAAAAAAAUAACAAACCUAUUAAAGAUUAUACUGGUCAUAGACCGCCAGCUUCCGAUCAUUAUGGAGGGACAUCAGGACCAAGCACUAACAAUAAUGAUACAUCAUUUAGUCGUUCAGUUGAUGAUACCGUAGACAUAGUGAGGAAAAGAUUAAUGAAUCGUAAUGAUCCACAGAUGUUAUCACAGGACCCAUCUGUCCUACAAAGCAGUAGUGAGCAAGAAGUCAUUGAGAAUGCUAAUCAGCACAUUCAGCCAGAACAACCAAUCAAGAAGAGAACACAGAGACAAAGACACAAUGUGAAAUCAAAUUGUGAUAAAAUGAAAUCAAAUAUUGUUCACCAACUGUUUAAGAUGGAUAAAGAUAGAAUGCAUAAAUUAAUGGAUGAUCCAGGAUCAUCAUCAAAGUUUGAAUAUGCUAUAAGCAGUUUAAUAACAGAGUCGCAGAAUAGUUUAAACCGCCAUUUAAGAUCUGUAGCAGAGAAAUCCUUGUACAGUUCUAGCACAGACUUCAUUCAUAAUGAUAAUAACACAAUAUAUGAAGAUACAUUCAUGAAACAGAUGCAAUGUCUUCUUGAUCCUCAAGACACAGUAUUGCUUGAAGAUAUAAAACCUAUGGUCAUGGCUGAACUAAGCAAAGUAUUGCAAAUAGCUGAAUUUGAGCAAAGGAAUGACAUGCCUGAUGACUAUAGCGCCCAUUAUAAUAGAGAUGAUCAGUCAAAUUAUCCAUAUUUUGAGCAAUACAAUUAUGAUGAAUAUCAAGACACAUGCUAUGAGCCAGAUGAGAGUAGGACACAACAAACGAAUUAUAGCAACCCAAAUCUGAAGGAUGUAACAGACAGUGCAGCUUCUCAGAUCUAUAAUUUGAAACGUGAACCAUAUGAGGACACAAUGCCUCUAUUUGAGAGACGGAAAACAAAACAAAAUGACCCCAUUGAGGACAGAAGGCACAGUAUAGACAAUCAGAGGCAAAGAAAAAGUUUGGAAGAGCCUGUUGAAGAACCUUUCAAAAGUAAAGAAGAACCACUUCCACUGUUUGAUACUAACGCUGAUAAUAUCUCUGAAGAUGAAGACACAUUUGCUGAAUUGGACAGGCAGUACCAUGUGGCUGUUGACCACAAUUUUAUAGAAAAUGAUGAUCUCUCAAAUAGAGGAACUCCCCCCAAUAUUGCACCUAUUAAACAAGAAGCACCCCAAGAUGUAAAUAAAAAUGUCAAGCAAAUUCCAAUAUUUGCCCAGUCACCCUCACAAUUAUUUCCUGUCAGUAGUUCAGACAAUAUCCGAGAUGUGGCAUUACAAAUAAAACAAGAAGUGUUGCAAUCACUUAGUGUACAAAAUGAAGAGAAUACACCUUCUAAUUCCAAUAACUGUGUUCAAAUAGAGAAGAAUAUUAAAGUAAAACAAGAGCAUGUGCCUCAAUCUAAAGAUACUGACAAAGAGACUGAAAAAGCAGGUAGCUCAAAUAUUAUUAAAACUUCGCCAUCAAACUCACGAAAACGAUCUAUUGAUCAAAGACCAUCUCAUCGUAAAGAGAAACGUAAGAAAAGUGAAUCCAGACAUUCCGACACAGUCAAACCUACUACAGAUAAGAAUACAACUUCUAAUACAAAUACUGUUUCUAACAAGUCAUUAGAAAAGUGCAAUGAAGCCUCAAAGCAAUAUUUUAAUAUAUUUUUACCAAAAGAUGACGGCACGAAAGAAACAAAGGAUAGUAAAAAAGUUGACUCAACAGAUAAAAGUUAUUCAGACAAAUAUGUCAAAAGGAAAGACCCUCCCAAAAAGACAAAAGAGAAAGAAACAGAAUCAAGCAGAAAGAGACAUUCUAGUACAUCCAGCCAAUCUAUGUUAAGUCCAAAAGAUAGUAUUAAUACUGGCAGUCAAAAUUCUUUAAAAUCAGACUCCAAAACUAAGCUUAAGACUUUUGAUAUGUUUGUAGAGGUGCCUAAAAAGACGACAGCUGUCCAUCAAGCACACAGGAACACUGCUUUAGCUGUGACCCCAACAAAACCUGUGGAGGAAAACAAGACCAAACAAGUGGCAACUCCUGCGCGCUAUAAGCCAGGACAGCUGAAGCAUGUGGGUACUCAAGUCAUUAGAAGACUCAUAGCGAAAGAAACACAAACCUAUCAAAGCAACGUAUCCACCACUAGGUUUACUCAAACAGACAGAAAGAAGUUUGUCUCAAAAUUGGUACAAACUCUUCCUGUGGACCUACAAAAACCAAAACCUAGAUCAGAAGAUGCAUUCGAAAGGAUGAAAGAAAUAGAUAUGGAAAUCCAAGUUUUACUGCAAGAGAAAUUCAAACUGUACAGUUCCUUAGAAUCCAAAGAUACUUGCCCAGGCAGUAUGCCUACUUUAGGCAUGACUGUACUAAACGUGACACCUGACGAAAGUAAGGAUGCGGAAGAUGACAAUGAAGCGUUACAUGACAAUAUAAUGAGUGCAGAUGCAAUCGUAGACGAUUUCACCAGCAUACCAGUGGAAGAGCUGGAGCAAAUAGCUCUCGAAUCUGUUGAAGUAAAUAGCACUGAAGAAACCAGAGCUGAAAAAAGAAGUUUACGUCAAAAAGUGCUGCAGCAAGAGAGGAAGACUUCCGAGAGUCCGACGUCAAGUAGACGAAGCAAUAAAAAAGCUAAACCACCAAACAUAUCUCUAAUAGAACAGAUAAUAACAGACGACAGACCUCUAGAAGAUAUUAUAUCAUUAGACGAUCUGGAGGAGCCGCAAACUAAAAACAAGAAGAAACCUCAUAGAAAUCAACCAAAGAAAAAACCGACCAAGAGAGAGAGAACGAAACCUUCCAAGCCUAUUGAUGUAAGUGCGUUCGGUUUGAAGGACUGCUCAGUGGUUCUCAUUCAUACUGAUGUUAGAAAGUUCAUACAGGAAGAUUCUCAGUGUGACGUUGAAUCUGAGCGCGUUUAUACACCUGGACCUUCCAGCGUUGAGUUCUCUGAACCUGAACCUGUGUUGAAACAAGAGCCUACAGUAAAACAUGAGCGAAAUCAAGAAGCAGAGACGGUCAAUGAUCUCCAAUUCGACAUGUUAGACGUGUCUGAAGAUAUAGUGAUAGGUGAUAUCUGUGAAAUAAAGAGUAAUGAAGAUAAGGAGGAAAAUGAGAGAGAGACUAUAAGCGAGGAGAUAAUACUGGACAAUAGCCAGUCGUCGGCGGACGAUGCGUUUGCGGUGGAGACAGCUCAAGCGGAAAAUGAAUGCAAGACAUAUGACUACUCUACUGAUGAGAAAUUGCGAAGAGACUCGGUGACCGUCACUGGGAACGCUGAUGCAGUACUCGCGAUAGAGUGCAUAGAAAAUGAAUUCAUAGCAGCUUGCUUGGACGGCAAUGUAUACCACUUUAGCGGAGAUGGGCAGCUACUGAACACGUUACGAGGCUCCAACUUAGCGGUGACAUGCCUGACCAUUGUGAAGGAGAAAUAUGGGACCACUGUGUAUACCGGCUCGCUGGAUUCUAGGAUACGGUACUAUGAUCUCGAGACUGGCUUAGAGAAGGGUCCCGAGUGCAAUGUGCUCAGUCCAAUACAGACGAUGGAUCGCGCGUGGGACACUGUGUUCGUUGGCACCAGGACCGGAUUUGUUUUGCAGUUUGAAUGCAAGAACAACAUGCUAAUCCCAGUGAGUACGGUGAAGUUUUCCGAGCAAUCGAUCCUAGCCCUCCGAGCAAUGAAGGAAGGGCCUCGCAAAGUACUCCUCGUGGCUGCCCGCUCAGAAAACGUCACAGUCAAGGACGCUCAGACUGGACUACUGUUGAGAACGCUCUCUGGACCUAAGAUGACUGUGUAUACGCUGCUGUUUGAAGAUGGAAAGGUGUUUUGUGGGACCAGCAGUCAUCAGAUACAUGUAUUUGAUUAUGCUAGUGGCAUGCACACCGGUUGCCACGAGGGCGGUAAGGGCGCGGUGUGCCUGCGGGCGACGGGCGGGCUGCUGUUCGCGGGCUGCUACGACGGCUGCGUGUAUGUGUACCGCGAGGGCGAGCCGCGCCCGCUUGCGCAGCUGCGGGGCCCCAGCCUUAUGCUGCUGUCCCUCGCUGUAGUAGGGAGUAAGAUUAUUGCUGGCUAUAAAGACAGAAGUUUGUACAUAUGGAAGAUACCAUUAAGUAUAUUGCAAGAAAUGAUUUUAUGAAUUUCUACAUAGGUGUUGUAGAUUAAAUCUCACGUUUACCUUUAGUUGAAUGUAUUCCUGAUUUGUUUGGGUUAAGUAAAUGUGUAUAUAAUAAUAAAAGAAGUUUUAACAGUGUAAA